CGAACUUUUUGUGUUUCUUCCAUCAAUCAAUACCUCUGUGUGUGUGAGUUUUUGAGAUUCCAUCAUUUUUUCAAUUUGACAACAUGUCAAAUUGAGAAAGAAAGCCUUUUUCUUCUUCUGUCAGAGUUUAAAGUUACAUCUUUUAUAUAUCAGGUUGCUUGGAGGAAAGAUAAGCAAUGACCUUGCAAACCAUCUUUGCGCAGAGCUGGCCCUGACGUUUUAGAGCCUCCACAAGCCGGUGCUUGGACUAAUUCUAAGAAAUAUAUAGGAAGAAAUGGACUAUUUUUUCAAAAAAACAAUUCUGGAUACCAAGCCGGUGCCUGACCCUAAGAAGGAUAGCUCUGAUCUUGCAUCUCCUUCUCAAUCGCUGACCAUUGCUAUAGCUAUUAGUGGGAGCAAUAAAAGCAAGAAUGUAGUUAAGUGGGCGCUCAAAAAGUUUGGUUCUGACAAAAAUGUCGUUUUCAAGCUGAUUCAUAUCCAUCCGAAGAUUACUUCUCUACCUACACCUACGGGAGAAAUGGUUUCUGUAUCCGAGGCACCAGAGGAUGUGGCGGCUACUUAUAGACGACAAGUGAUGCAGGAGACAAAAGACACUCUUCUUAAACCUUUCAAGAAAAUGUGCGAGCGUAAAAAGGUUGCAGUGGAACUUCAAGUGCUCGAAUCAAAUAGUGUUGCAGUGGCAAUAACCAGAGAGGUUAAUGAGCAUUUGAUCAGCAUUCUUGUCAUUGGACGUUCAUCUCAUGGUGCCAUGUCGAGGAAUCAUAAUAUUACCGAGAAGUUGUCAGCCUUUGUGUCAAACCUUUGCACAGUCUAUGUUGUCUCAAAAGGAGUCUAUAUUCUUUCAAAAGAUAAAUUAUCUUCAGACACGGAGAGGAAUGAAACUUUACUAGAUUCUAGUAAUGAGAGAACGGAGGAUUCCUCCAGCUGUUCUUCUGGUUCAGGACCCUCAGAUGUAAUGUCAAAUGCACUCAAAUCUAACCCACAUGCUCUGUCCAAGAAGAGAUUACAACAUCUCCCGACAAUAGUAAGAGGGGUUACUGUUCAUAUGGAAACUAGUUCUGCUGAUUCGGAUGAAACUAGAAGUAUGUCAUCGGAUCCUGCCGAGGAAGUAAGCAAGAGAAGCAGCCCUGAAACAUCACGCACUGUUUCUUGGAAUCCUCGAUAUAGAGAUUUUGAUGAGAGAAAAGAUGCUAUGAGUUCUAUGUCUGUGUAUGAACAUGGAAAUGUUACUCAAGGUGGAGAUUAUUUCACAGACAACGAGGACACUCUCAAAGAAAUUACAAAGUUGAGAGCUGAGCUUAGACAGGCUCAUGAAAUGUAUGCAGAGGCUCAAGUAGAAACGUUGGAUGCUUCUCGCAAGCUAAAUGAGCUUAAGUUUGAAGAGCUAACGCUAAUGGAACACAAAACUAAGGGGUUAGCAGGAAAGGAAACACAUAACUUUGAGCAGAAGAGAAGGGAAGAGAGAGAAGCUGCACAGAGAAGAGAAGCCGAGAUAAAGGCGAACCGUGAAGCCAAAGAGAAGGAGAAGCUAGCAGAAAGUUCCGUUGCAGCUCCUAAGCUGCAAUACCAAGAGUUCACUUGGGAAGAAAUCAUAACCGCCACUUCAUCAUUCUCUGAAGAUCUAAAGAUCGGUAUGGGAGCUUACGGGGCUGUUUACAAAUGCAGUCUGCAUCAUACAACUGCUGCUGUCAAAGUUUUGCAUUCCGCUGAAAGCAGUCUGUCCAAACAAUUUGAUCAAGAGCUCGAAAUCUUGAGCAAGAUCAGGCACCCACACUUGGUUCUCCUUUUAGGAGCAUGUCCUGAACACGGUGCGCUAGUCUAUGAGUACAUGGAAAAUGGUAGCUUGGAAGAUAGACUGUUUCAAGUGAACAACAGUCAACCAAUACCGUGGUUUGUGCGAUUCAGAAUCGCUUGGGAAGUCGCAUCAGCGCUUGUUUUCCUACACAAAUCAAAACCGACACCAAUCAUCCACCGAGAUCUUAAACCGGCCAACAUCUUGCUUGAUCACAACUUUGUCAGCAAAGUAGGAGACGUUGGUCUGUCCACAAUGAUCCAAGUUGAUCCAUUGUUAACUCAAUUCACAAUGUACAAACAGACAAGCCCUGUUGGAACCUUAUGCUAUAUCGAUCCCGAAUAUCAAAGAACAGGAAGGAUAUCUCCAAAAUCAGACGUCUAUGCUUUUGGAAUGAUCAUUCUUCAGCUUCUUACCGCUCAACCGGCUAUGGCACUGACAUAUACAGUAGAAAUAGCCAUGGAGAACAACGACGACGAUGAGUUAAUACAGCUUCUUGAUAAAAAAGCGGGUAACUGGCCAAUAGAAGAGACACGGAAACUAGCCGCUUUAGCUCUCUAUUGUACAGAGCUUCGUUCUAAAGACAGGCCUGAUUUGGAAGAUCAGGUUCUUCCAGUAUUGGAGAGCUUGAAGAAAGUAGCUGCUAAAGCAAAAAACUCGUUCUUCGCUGCCCCGAGUCAACCUCCAAGCCAUUUCAUCUGCCCAUUACUUAAGGAUGUGAUGAAGGAUCCAUGUAUUGCGGCUGAUGGGUACAGUUAUGACCGGAAAGCUAUAGUGGAGUGGAUGGAGAACCACAGGACGUCGCCGGUGACUAAUUCGCCGUUACAAAACGUGAACCUUUUGCCCAAUCACACUCUUUACGCAGCCAUCGUUGAAUGGAGAAAUAGAAAUCAGUAAGGCAGCAACACAAAAAGAACCCGCGCUCCGUUUUGGUGCUCUCUUUGAAACUGCGUAGCGUUUUUUCACCCGAUAGAAACGGCGAGAUGUUCUCACAGGCGUUUUUGUUAUUUUGGUAAGGUUUAUUUAUCUUUUCGUUUGCUCUCUAUUGGGCUAUCAAUGUAUACCAUUUGGAUUUUUUUUAAAAAAAUAUUUAUUCUUACUUUGUGGAUUUGGUUGAAAUGUAUAGAAUUGCAUACCAUUAUAUGUAAUUUGGAAUGAACCGAUUG